AUGACCAGCAAAUCUCCCUCAAUAACACUCAAGGAGUUGGUGGUGGAUGCUUGGUUUGGUGGCUGCCAGAUGUACACACACUUAAACCAUUUUUCCUCUAAUUUUUCUCUAAUUAAUUCUAAUGAGAUUCAUGCAAAUGGUGCUGAAAGCCAUGACAGCCAUUGGGCUGAGUUCCAGGCACAGAUUUAUCAAUGGGCCAUGGCUGAAAUACUCCAAUCACUGCAUCGACCAGGCACAUAUGGGAAAAAUGUAGUGUGUGCAGAUGGGAUAAUGAGGCAGAUUUUCCCCUUUGGACUAAAUGCAGACAACCAAGAAAUUCCUGCCGAUUUAACUAUUACAGAUGGAGGGGGGUGCAGGGGAACUUCUGAAGUCACAGGGACUCAGAUCACACGAGCUCUACCCAACUGUGACCCCCAUUGGUCCGUUACAUUCAAUGUUUUGCAUACAUGGCUUGAGGGCAUCUGGGGGGACCAUAUGUUUGCAAUGAUCAGAGGCGUUGUCCCUCUCCUUGGAAGGGACAUUGUUGGGCAGUUUGAAAUGAUGUUAUCAUCACUCCCACGAUGGAAGGGCCUCAAUUCAUUCCCCUCAGGCAUCCUUAGCCAGAGUUUCAAUGGUGGAACUGCAAAGGACCAUAUUCUCCAGGUCAUCUUGCAUGCAAUGUGUCAGAACAUGGCAAGGAGGGAACAAGCAUGUCUGGACCUUUCCCUGGAAGGGAGGCUGGAGGUAGAGGACAAGCAGAGGGACUGUGGCCUCAGCGACUUGGAGAGGAGUGCUGUGCCUACGUUCGCUAGUGUUGGGUCCUUAACUUCAGAACAAGGGGGCACAAACUCUGGGGGGAUCUAG